AUAAAUGAAAAAUUAAGAAAAAAAAAACAUCCAUAAGAUUUGGGUUUCUCCCAUUUUUAUUGUUUAAUAAUCACAAGUGUAUUAGAUUUUUUUUUUUUUAUAAAAUCUUCAAUUUCUUGGAAUUGAUCUCAUUUUAAUUGGAAUACAAAUGAAAGCAAGUUGGUACUACUCUUUGUAUAAAUCGAUAAUCAUGCAAAAAGUGGUGAUUUUCUUGGGAUUGCUCAUCAAUGCACUGGCCCAUCCAGAGCAACGAUCUAAGUAUUUCGUGGGGUUAGAAAUGAACCAAACCAAUGAUUUUGAAAUAUUUAACCUCGCUAAUCAAAAUGAAAAUUCAACCUUAACUACAACUUCAUCUGAAUGCAAAUGUUUGCCUUUCCAUAUGUGUGCGAACGCUGCAUCCCAAAUAGAUAUUCGAAGUUUCACUUUCGAAGAUACAUGCUCUAGCUAUCUUGAAAUUUGUUGUUCACCAAAUUCCAUUAUUCCCGAUUCAUCGAUCAAAUUCAUCGAACCGAACAAUGUUUCAUUAGUUGCAUCCAAUUGCGGUACUCGUAAUGAGAAUGGUAUUCGUUUCAAUAUCAUCGGAAACAACAAUAAUGAAGCGCAAUUUGCGGAGUUUCCUUGGCACGUUGCUAUUUUUAAAGAAAUAAGAUCCUCAAACGGUGACAUCUCGAAUACAUAUGCAUGCGGCGGUUCACUGAUCAACCAGAGUGUUAUUUUAACUGCAGCUCAUUGCUUAUAUCAAAAGGGUACACCAUUAUUGAAUGUACAAAUGUGGAAAGUUCGUGCCGGUGAAUGGGACUUAAAUACAACAUUUGAACCAUAUUCUCAUCAGGACCGAGCUGUUCGUAAAAUUGUUAUUCAUCCGCAUUUUCGCCGUAGCGGCGUGUUAAAUGAUAUUGCAUUGUUAUUCCUGACACAACCAUUUGAAUUGGGUCCACAUAUUAAUUCCAUUUGUUUGCCGAAUCCUGACCUUGUUUUCGAUCAACGAUCGUGCUUUGCAACCGGCUGGGGAAAGGAUUCAUUCGACGAUGAAGCCAAUUUUCAACAUAUUUUGAAACGAAUCGAACUCCCGAUCGUAGCCCGUGAAUUAUGCGUUCAGAGAUUAAGGGAAACACGUCUUGGCUUAAAUUUCGAAUUACAUCCGAGUUUUAUUUGUGCGGGUAAACCAGGUCAUGAUACCUGCACUGGUGACGGAGGAAGUCCAUUGAUAUGCCAAAUUCGUAAUGCGCCAGGACGAUAUGCACAAGCCGGCAUCGUGUCAUGGGGCAUUAAGUGCGGCGAUCCAAGAGUACCAGGUGUUUAUGUAAAUGUGUCGAUGUUCUGGGAUUGGGUGCAUGAUGAAAUGAAAUUAAAUGAUUUAAGUACAAAAUCGUAAUCAUAUCAAUAGAACAGCAACCAAAGCGAUGACGACGAUGACAACAACAGCAAAUGUUUCUACUUUUUAGUGUUUCUAUUGGACUCCUAUGUAUAAGCAAGCUCUUUUAAAUUUUUCCAAUAUGAAACACAAUUAUCCUUGAUAUAGAAAACAAUUAAUGUAUACCAAAUCUUUAUAAUAUAUACAUGUAUGAAUAAAAUACAAUGUAUGCAAAAUAA